GGCCCCGGCCCCAGCCCCGCCAGCAUGGCCGGCCGGACCGUGCGGGCUGAGACCCGGAGCCGGGCCAAGGAUGACAUCAAGAAGGUGAUGGCGACCAUCGAGAAGGUCCGGAGAUGGGAGAAGCGCUGGGUGACUGUGGGUGACACGUCCCUUCGUAUCUUCAAGUGGGUACCAGUGGUGGACCCCCAAGAGGAGGAGCGACGGAGGGCAGGUGGUGGGGCAGAGAGAUCCAGAGGCCGGGAGCGUCGGGGCAGGGGUGCCAGCCCCCGAGGGGGUGGCCCUCUCAUCCUGCUUGAUCUCAAUGAUGAGAACAGUAACCAGAGUUUCCAUUCGGAAGGAUCCCUGCAAAAGGGCACUGAGCCCAGCCCCGGUGGCACCCCCCAGCCCAGCCGCCCUGCAUCACCUUCCGGACCACCCGAAGGGGUCCCGGAGGAAGCUCAGCCUCCACGGCUAGGCCAGGAGAGAGCUGCUCAGGGACUCUGUUACCUUGACGUUCCAGAUCCCGGGGGUAUAACUACAGGCGGCACCGAUGAACCCCCAAUGCUGACCAAGGAGGAACCUGUUCCAGAGUUGCUGGAGGCUGAGGAUUCAGGAGUGAGAGUGACCAGGCGAGCCCUCCAAGAGAAAGGCCUGAAGACAGAGCCUCUCAGGAGGCUCCUUCCCAGGAGGGGCCUCCGGACAAACGCCAGGCCCAUUUCAACCUUGCCGCCCAACACCAGAGCUCCUGGGGGAGGAAGCAAGGCCCCGAGGGCACCCAGGACUGUCCCCCAGGGGAAGGGGAGGUGAGCUGGCUCCCCAGGCAAGGCUAGGCCCUCAGGCCUCCUUGGCACCCCGAGAUCGAGAUUGAGCCACCCGCCCCGGCCCUGAGGGUGCAGUUUCCCAGACGCCACCCUGAGAACACCGGGGCCAGCGGCCCUAGCCUGCCUGGAACCUAAGGUCACAGCGCCCAUCUUGCUCGCCACCUGCUCUUGCACAGUGAGCGGGCCCACCAGCACCCCACAUGUGGGAAGGGCUUCGAGCACAACUCGGACACAGCCAGCGCCUGAGGACGCAUCACAGCCAGGGGCCCUGGCCACGCUGGAGUGCGGGGUGGACUCGGGGCCGCAGGGCCCACCUCCUCGGGCCCCAGGGCUCCCCCUCCGGCCUGGGGCCCCGGUGUGAACGGAGGGCCCAGCACCUUUCCCACAGGCGGGGCAGAAGCAACGCCUGGGCCCAGGCUUCCACCGCCCCGCAAUGCGGAGCCAACUGCCGCAUCCCGCAGAGGCUCCCCGCGCGUGGACGCC